UGCCACCCGCGAGACCUCAAGUCCAUAGGAAUGAGCCUCGCCAAGUACCCGGUCACGCCCACGUUCAGUCAGCUGCAGGCCAAGGCUAGAAGGUACCCGCCCCUCGAAAUUCACGAAACUUGGGAAGACUACCUUUACUUCGAGAGCGAGAUCCUCGAGGAGGAGGACGGGGGUGACGCGGACGAGACCCCAUAGAAAGAGUGGGUGGGUCGUGGGAAUUAGGAGGAAGGAUUACGGACGUCUGGGGGUGGAUUGGUUGUGCGCGUGUCGGGUACAGUAGCUGUUGUGUCGGCGGUCGGCCGGAGAAAAGGUGGCUUUUUUGGGGGCUGUGGCGCUCUUCCCGUGCGCGGGCUAGCGGCGACCAAUGCGAGAGCAACGGGAGGUUCCGUGGUAUGUGUAUUUCUCGUGGUACUCGUUAUUCCUCUGGUGGCCAUGUGUGUCCAGGGGUGCCCUCUCGGUCUCGCCCCGGUUUUGUCAUAAUCUGCCUGGUCUUUUUUUCAUUUCCCUCGCGUGGGGCCACAAGAGCUCCACUGCAUGGGAGAAAGCGUGGUUCCUUGGGAGCUUGCACCGUAAGACCAGAGUGAGCAAGGUGCUCCAGCGCUCUGUUUCCCAUCGAUGUUGCUUCCGAUCACGCCUCUAUACGUUCGUCGUCCGGCAUUGUUCCUUGGCCAAGUCGACUGUCGUGAAGACGUGAUGACAGCUAGUUGGAUUCGAAAGGGGGCAGAAGCACCGCCACUGCCUCCCUCAGCAAGGAAGGCACGCUGUCCAAAGGGAGGAGAACAACGGCUUGGAAUGGUCGCCACCAAUUUCUUGUCUGACGCUGGGGACCGUACGCGCAAGCACAAAACGG